UGCCGUGCUCCGCGCCGCCUGUCCCCUCCCCGGGGGCGGUUCCGCCUCUGAGCGGCGGAGCUUCAUAUCGGCGGAGCUUCAUACCGGCGGGUCGCCGCUGCUCGGUGCUGCCAUGGGCCGGGUCCGCUCCGCUCCGCCGCCAUGAGCCGCCGCCCGCUGUGCCAGCCCGGCCCCAACGGCACGGAACCCAUGCGGCCGCGGGGUAACGGCACCGUGCGUUCGGCGGAGGGCUGCGGCGCCGUGUCGGUGGCGUUCCCGCUGACCAUGAUGAUCACGGGCAUCGUGGGCAACGCGCUGGCCAUGCUGCUGGUGUCCCGCAGCUACCGCGCCAAGGAGAACCGGCGCAAGCGCUCGUUCCUGCUGUGCAUCGGCUCGUUGGCGCUCACCGACCUGACCGGGCAGCUGCUCACCAGCCCCAUCGUCAUCGCCGUGUACCUGUCCGACCGCGUCUGGGUCAACGUCGACCCCUCGGGCCGCCUCUGCACCUUCUUCGGCUUCAGCAUGACCGUGUUCGGGCUCUGCCCGCUCUUCAUCGCCAGCGUCAUGGCCGCGGAGCGCACUCUGGCCAUCCGCGCCCCGCACUGCUACGCCAGCCACAUGAAGACGCGUGUGACCAAGGCCGUGCUGCUGGGCAUCGUGCUGGCCGUGCCCGCCUUCGCCCUGCUGCCCGUGGCCGGGCUGGGCCGCUACGCGCUGCAGUGGCCCGGCACGUGGUGCUUCAUCAGCACCGAAGGGCACCGGCCCGGCAGCGUGCUCUUCGCCUCCGCCUUCGCGGGGCUGGGGCUCUUCUCGCUGCUGGUGACCGUGGCGUGUAACCUGGCCACCAUCGAGGCCCUGGUGUCCCGCUGCAGGAGCAAGGCAGCCGCCUCGCGCUCCAGCAAGCAGUGGGGGCGGAUCGCCACCGAGACGCUGCUCCAGCUGCUGGGGAUCAUGUGCGUCCUGUCGGCGUGCUGGUCUCCGCUGCUGGUAACGAUGCUGAAGAUGAUCUUCAGCCACACAUCCUUUGAGUCAUGCAAGGGCUUCUCUGCAGAAACCCAAAGCUCAGAGCUCUACAAGGAGUGCAAUUUCUUCUUGACAGCUGUGCGCUUGGCCUCCCUCAACCAGAUCCUGGACCCGUGGGUUUAUCUGCUGCUCAGAAAGAUCCUGCUCCAGAAGUUCUGCCAGGCAGCCAGCGCUGUCUCCAAGUGCUCCAACAACGAGUGGAAGGAGAGAUCCAUCACGUUGUCAGAUGAAAUCCGACGGACAGCAGCAUGAUGGAGCGCAGAUCUGCCUGCAUGGAGACUGUGUUGGCCAACAAAUGGCUUUAUGUCUUACUGUGAAUUGGGCAUCUGCCGCGUGCUCACAUCUCUGUAAACAGCUGAAAGCGGCAGUGCUGAGCAGCCUUAGAGUGCCAAGUAAGUGCUUAUCCAAUGUGCCAAAAAUCCUCCAUUGCAGACAAACGGAUUGGUUUUCAUAGAGUCAUAGAAUCAUAGAAUGGCCUGGGUUGAAAAGGACCACAAUGAUCAUCUGGUUUGAACCUCCUGCUGUGUGCAGGGUCACCAGCCACCAGCCCAGGCUGCCCAGAGCCACAUCCAGCCUGGAUGGUGCUGAGUUCUGUUGUUACUGCAAUUCCCAGCAGAGCUGCAGAAUACGACUUGUUGUCUGCCUGAGUGGAGCUUGGAGGGGCCUUUUGGUUUUGUGUUAAGGUUGGAAAAGGUGAUUUUCCUAUCGGGACACUUGGAACAGAUUGAACAGAUUAAUUAUGGAAGAGAUCCCCUCCUAUGUGUAACCUUAACAAUUAGAUUAUCUGCUUCAGAGAGUCUCUUGUCCUCGUUUUUCCGGAUGGACAAGGAGAGAAAAUGGCAGACAGCACAUUAAGAUGAAACGAGGAGUUUUGAUUUGGAUUUCCAUGGCUUUGAGCAGAAGGUUGAGUUGUAGCAGUGAUGGUGGAUCAUUCCCUUUUGAGAAUGAAGGAAGCUGCACCUGGUGACAUGCAUGGUCCUGCUGGAUGCGGGUUCUGUGUGGAUGCUGGAGUCACUCAGUGCAGGGCAGGCAGCAGCAGUGGGGAAGCUGUGCUGCUUUGCCUUCUUUUUGAUAGCAGCCUGUGAAGCUCCCACACAUCACACAGGUUGCUGAUAGCAGAGCAGACUAUAAAACUACUUUGCACAGAUGGAGAGAGUGAUAAACAGGUUGUAAGAGGUGGUGAGCGUUCAUCUUGCUGUAGAUUAGCAGCAAAGGUUUACAGAGGCAAAGAGGCAGCUUUUAUAUGGGUGGUUUUGUUUGGAGAUGUGCUCAUCCAGGGACAAAACAGACGUCAUCUGUUUCAGCAGAAUCUGAAGCUUCUACAUUAUUGAGCUGCCCUAUGGGGUGGGACAGGAGGGCGACUCCCUUCAUUCUUUCUCUCUUUCUUCUUUCCUCCAUGAAAACAAACAUCAAGGAUGUGGCAGCUUUGGGAAUUCUGAAAAAUGAAGCAGACUGGAAGAGCUGGGGACAAGGCUGUGCGUUAUGGAGCCUUUCCUCCAGCCAUUGUUCAGGUUUGAGUAGAAAAGCGAAUCCUCACCCAUUUGUCAGAACACCUGAGGCUCGUUUUCACAAGGACUGCAUUUCUCCCCAUUUUCUUUGCCUUUUUUGUAGAUGAUGGUCCAUAAUGUCUCCUGUCUAAUGGCCUCCUAGGCAAAAUUACAUGCAAUUACUGUAUAUCAGCUACUCGUCCACCGUGUGCUGUGUGCCAUGUCAUACUGAAUUCAGGGGGCCUUAAUGGCAAGUGUAAUCCUGCAUCGGCUGGGAAUCUCUGAUACAGAGCCUUGAUUUUUGCUUCUCUGCCUUUGCUUGUAAAAGUACUCAAAAAAGAAACCUCUUUUCCUGUUCUGCUGUGAUGCUGUCUGGUUGCUAUCACCACAUCAGGCAGCAAUACCUCAUCUGAGGGCAGAACCGCCAUCUACAGAGGUCUGCUUUUGUGUGGAUGGGUGUUGGAGUGCAGCUGGAAGCUGAAGUUCUGCUUUCCCCCGGAUCCAGCCUAGAGCUGAGCUGGGCACCUGGCUGCAGUGCUGCCAUGGGGCAGGAGGAGGCUCAGGGCUGCUCAGUGAUGCCCAGCAAUGCUCAGCACUGCUCACUGCUGGUGGGCACCUGUGUGCUCCUCACAGCUGGGAGCGUGGCAUGGGGCACAGCUGGAAGCAGCAGCUGCCCCGGGGCUCUGGGAAGUGCCUCUCAGCAGUCCCAAGUUUUUAAGAGCUCUGUUGUGAUCUACAGGCCUGAUCUUGUGUCCAGAGGAUUGCUGUUGUUCAGGCUGCGUGCACAGCGAGCCCGGUGCCUGCACAGUGUGUCAGGAUGACCACAGGAAUGGGGCUGAGCCGCUGGUGAGCCACAGGGCCGGAGUGUGGGUCCACUGGGGCUGCACGUGGUCAGCUGAAGGGUGACUCAUGGCCUCCUCUAUCAGCCCCUCUGCAGCCGCAACAGGAAAAUGCUGUUCUUUCCUUUGACACAGAAGUGUAAAGUGUGUGGCAGUGGUUAAAUGCACGAGGGCUUGUAAUAAGCGAGUCGUGGAUGGUUUCAGCUUUCCCUUAACAUAGCUCUGCUGCUCCGUGCCUUUCCAUAGUGAAGCAGGAUGCAUCUGAGUGUGGGCAAAGGCCAUUCUCUUGGUCCCUGUGUGUGCUAACACUGAGAAUCUACUCUAAAUAACAGAAAAUGGAUGAGGAUGCAUGCUUGCUUUGUUUGCAGCCAAGGAGUGGGAGCAGUGUUUGUCACCAUGCUGGCCACAACAUGACAUGGUGGGGGAACGUCCUUUCAGAGAUGUUAUUCAAAAAGCUUGAGCAGAAAUUGAAGCUUUUCCUUCCCAACACUCGUUUGAGUGGCAAGGUGCAUUUUUGUUGCAUUUCUUUAAAGGUGCCUUUCUAUGUGAUGUAUGUAAAUUCCUCUAUGGAAGCAUUCCUAGUGCCCAUUUCAAUACGUUGUACUUCUGUCAGACUGUAUGGAAGCAGUGAAUGGAAAAACUAUUUUGAGAUCAUUUGCCCUAAAUACAAGCUUGUUUGUGUACCAACUCAAUGUGCAUCGUGUCUGUUGGAAUAAAAGUGCAGUAGAAUACCUGG